GCUCCAAUGAUGAGCGGAGUGCAGUAAAAGGCGGCGGGGAAGAAGAAUGUGUCCAAGAUUAGGACGAGGACUUCCUGAUGGAUCUUCUGCCUUCAGACCCUCUGCUGCACAUCUUCUCCUUUCUCGACUUGACGGAUCUCGUCCAUGUCAGUUUCACCAACAGGAGACUGAAUGGCUUGUCCAAACACAACCCUUUGUGGAGGUCGCUCUGCUUGAAGCACUGGCUGCUCACAGACAAUGAGCGCCUGCAGAAGGGAAUGUCUUGGUACGACCUCUUCAAAGAAUAUUACGCUGACCUGGGCCGCUACAUCCAGUACUACCCUAUGCUGAAGAGAGCGUGGGAACAGCUGACCAGCUGUCUGCAACAGAGAUGUCCACGCAUGAUCACCUCACUUAAAGAAGGGGCUACAGAGGCAGAGCUCAGCAACAUUGAGGCUCAGAUUGGCUGUCGCCUUCCAGGAGACUAUCGAUGCUCCUACCGCAUCCACAAUGGCCAAAAACUGGUGAUUCCAGGGUUGAUGGGAAGUAUGUCGCUGUCUAACCACUACCGCUCAGAAGUGCUGCUGGACAUCGAGACUGCGGCGGGAGGUUUCCAGCAAAGGAAGGGGAUGAGACGCUGCCUUCCACUUACCUUCUGCUUUCACACCGGCCUCAGUCAAUACAUGGCACUAGAGCACACUGAAGGGCGCCGCAUGUUUGAGACCUUCUACCCCUGCCCUGAUCAGACAGCUCAGGACCCCUCAGCAGUGGACAUGUUCAUCACAGGCUCAUCCUUCUUAGAAUGGUUCACCACAUAUGUGAACAAUGUGGUCACAGGAGAGUAUCCCAUCAUCCGAGACCAGAUCUUCAGGUAUGUGCACGAUGAAAGCUGCGCGACGACCACCGGGGACAUCACCGUCUCUGUUUCCACUUCUUUCCUGCCCGAGCUGUCUUCUGUCCAUCCGCCGCACUUCUUCUUUACUUAUCGCAUCAGAAUAGAGAUGUCGAGCAGCGCGCCGCCUGAGGCCGCUUGUCAGCUGGACAGCCGUUACUGGAAAAUAACCACCUCUGACAGCAACGUAGAGGAGGUCCAAGGCCCCGGCGUGGUCGGAGAGUUUCCCGUCAUGACACCAGGCAAAGUGCACGAGUAUGCCAGCUGCACCACCUUCUCCACACCUUCAGAAUACAUGGAGGGACACUACACCUUCCACAGACUUGACAACAAGGAAGUCUUCAACGUUGCAAUCCCUCGCUUUCAGAUGGUGUGUCCGCCCUUCAGAGAGCCCGUGUCGCAGAUGAACCAGUCAACUAAUUACACAUCAAGCUUGGAUGAGCAUAACAACGACCGUGGCGACCGAGACGAGGACAACUACAACAAUCUGAGAGGAAUCAAUAUGGCCGUCUUGGAGGGAGCGUGGUGCCCGCGACAUAUUUAAUGUUUAUGCUGAGACGUUGCCAAGGAAACCUAUCCUGAGUUUUUUCUGGUGGUGGAUUGUGGGAAAGCCCUAGGGCCAUAUUUCCACACAUUGGGCUUGUGAAGCCUUUUACAAAGAAGGCAAGGCAAAUCUUCAAAGCUUCACACUCGACCAAGAAAAAAGUAGCUGUCAAUCAUUGCUGUUUUCUCUUUUUAACACUUUGGUCGGGAGAUUGUACCACAAAACAACACAUAUUGUUACCCUGAUCAAGAUUGCUCUGUUUUACAAGCUGGGAUGUGCUGCUCCUUUUUUGGAAGAAAAAUACCCAUCGGUGCUUUAGUUUGACAUCUUUUAUUGCAGAAAAUUCUUGUAAAUCUCUUCCUUAUGUGGAGAAGCUAAACAUUUGUGCCUCCUUUACUGUUUGUCAGAGAGAACCUUUGAUGUUUUUUCCUUUCAAUUUUUGUCAAGAAAAUGAUGGGUUGAUAUUUUAGGGGUACUCAAUAAAUCUUCAUUGACUUGGA